UUCUCAGUUCGUAGGCGCUUUGGUCCAAAAACUACGAGUUAGUUCAAAAAUUGACAAAAUUCUCAGCUUCCCACUUUCAGUUCAAAUCACCCCCACAAAAAAAUUUAACUUUUAAUUACAUCAAUUAUCUGCUAAUUAUUCCACUUUUAGUCUGAUUUGGAGUUGGAUCUUAGCUUUGGGAGUUGCUAUUUCAUUAUUGGUUGAGCUGAAUUCUUGAAUUUUUCCAAGUAAGGGAAAGUUAGGGUUUCUCAAAUUUCGGGUCUUUUCUUGGAAAAACCCUAGCCUAUUAGUUCAAGCUAGUAAUUCGAGUUGUGGGUUUUGGGAGAUUUUACGGAUUAUUGAAGAUUUGAAGCUAAUUGCUGUGUUAUUGAAGUUUUUGCUAUGCUGUUUUUAUUGAAGAUGGGGUUUUUAGUUUGAAUUUGGUGAAUUUUAUUGGAAAAGCCCUAGUCUUUUAGUUCAAGAUAGUAACUUGAGUUAUGGGUUUGGGAAAUUUUAAGGAUUCUUGUAGAUUGAAGCUAAUUGUUGUGUGUUAUUGAAGUUUUUGUUAUGUUGUUUAUAGUAAAGAUGGGGUUUUCUUUGGUUUCUUUGGUUGUAGGUUUUUCAGGCCCUGAUUGAAAUUUGGGGGAAAAGUUAGGGUUUUUGGAUUUGGAGUUAGGGUUAUAUAAUAGGGUGUUUGUGGAUUCUAUUUGUGUACAAGAAGAAUUUGAAGUUCUUUUGGAGAAAUGUUUUACUCACAGUUUAUAUUGGCCAAAAAGGGGCCUUUGGGAACCAUAUGGAUUGCAGCACAUCUGGAGAGGAAACUUAGGAAGAAUCAAGUUGCUGAUACAGAUAUCGGCGUCUCCGUAGACUCAAUCCUUUUUCCUGAAGCGCCAAUUGCAUUGCGGUUAUCUAGCCAUCUUCUUCUUGGAGUUGUGAGGAUAUAUUCUCGAAAGGUGGGUUACCUAUUCGACGAUUGCAGUGAGGCUUUGCUAAAAGUCAAGCAAGCUUUUCGCUCCACCGCUGUGGAUUUACCACCUGAAGAAUCUAAGGCUCCAUAUCACUCAAUCACCUUGCCAGAGACUUUUGAACUUGAUGAUUUUGAAUUGCCAGACAAUGACAUUUUUCAGGGUAACUAUGUGGAUCAUCAUGUUAGUUCAAGGGAGCAGAUUACACUACAAGAUAACAUGGAGGGCGUGGUUUACUCAACUUCGAAGUUUGGAUUGGAUGAGAGAUUUGGGGAUGGUGACACUUCUGGUUUAUACCUUGAUGAGGAAUUAUUUUUGGACAAGGUUGCUGCUGCUGGAGAUGCUAGUGUGAGUGCCGAUCCUCUAGCAUCCGUUGAACCAAUGACACCACUCAAACAAGAAGAGCAUGAUGAAGAGAUGGCUGCCAAUUCCGAGAGCAUGAUUGAUGGAGUUGAUGGCGAUGCUGAUUUCAUGGAUCAUGCUCCAUGCACUCCUGGGUUGGCGGAGGAACCGAACUUGUCUAACAUUCAGGAAACAUCAGCAUGUGAGGACCAUAUAGGACUGGAAGAUCGUCAUUUAAUGGAAUAUGCUGUAAAAGGAAAUACAGAGAAUCUCUCUCGUGAAAAUAAUGUGAAUAACGGGAGUGAACUUCUAGAAAAUCAAGCACUAACUGAUGGCUCGAAUGCUGGUACUGUUCACUUCGUGGUUCCUGAGAAUGGUUACCAUUUAGACAACACGUGUGACAAACAACUGGUGCCGGAUGGUCAGCUGCCUCCAACUGAAGUUGCAAUUGAUCCUGUGAAGUCAAUUGAUCCCCCUGUAGCAUCUGGACCAUCCUUUGCUGCUGUUCAUCAGGCUAAUUCAAAAUCAUCUGCACUACAGCUGCCUCCAACUGAAGUUGCAAUUGAUCCUGUGAAGUCAAUUGAUCCCCCGGUAGCAUCUGGACCAUCCUUUGCUGCUGUUCAUCAGGCUAAUUCAAAAUCAUCUGCACUAGAAUGUGCAUAUGAGAUUAUUGCUGCAUCUGAUAGUCAAGCAAAUGAGAGGAACACGGAGGACAAGGUUGAUGUAUCUACCCCUGGUGGCUUCCACGACGAGGCUCGACUUCCAAAUGGAAUUAGUUCCGCAAAAGUUGACCAUGUUGUUUCUGCUUUAAGUAGCAUUGGCCAGCCUGUUCCUGAAGAUAUUUCACCAAGUAAUCAGAGAUCACCUGAGGCAGUUUCAAAUAACGUUGCAAGUCCAGGAAACUUGGAAGCUGGUGAAUCCCAAGAUAUAACUUGCUUAGAGACACCAAAGACCGUUGAUUGUCUGGAACAAAGUGUUUUUGCUGAAGACGCCAAUGGUGCCCAGGUUCAUGUUCUGAGUCGAUGUAAUGCUGCUCAACUUGACACAUCAAUGUCUAGGUCUGAGCAUGUUAUUAAUCAUGAGCCACCAUCUACUUUUUUGGGUUUCCACCCACCUGAAACUUCUAAAGAGGAGGAAUCACAUGCUUCAGCAGGUGAUUUAGAACAAAUUUCAAAAGAGAAUCCCGUGAAAGAACCUGUUUCAUGUGAAGACAUUCCAAAAGAAUCUAACAAAUCAACUAAUCAAACGGAUACUGUCGUUCUAGAAGAUCGCCAUGUGGAAAUUAUGAGCGGUUCAGCUGCUUCUGCCUUGCCACCUCCUGAAAAGAUUCUAUCGAUGCCAGGAGGGCUUGUUGAUUUACCUCGGAGUAUUUUUCCAGAGGCUACACCGGAUUACUUAGCGGGGAUCAAUGAAGCUGAUGCUAGUGGUGAAUUCAUUUCAGGAAGGAAGCGCAGUUACGCUGAGAGCACACUAACAGAGCAGAGUCUCUACUCAGCUGAAUCUUUAAGGAUGGUCCGUUCCAAAAAGACUGCAGGAUUUAUUCCUGAUGAUGAUGAUUUGCUUUCUUCUAUCCUAGUUGGAAGAAGAUCUUCAGCACUGAAGCUUAAGCCUACUCCUCCACCUUCUGAGAUAACAUCAAGCAAGCGUCCCCGUUCUGCUGCCCGAAUGAGUGCCAGUAAAAGGAGGAAUGUUCUUAUGGAUGAUAUCAUGGUCUUGCACGGAGAUAUGAUAAGACAACAGUUGAUACAUGCUGAGGACAUACGCCGCAUAAGGAAGAAAGCUCCUUGCACACAUGCUGAAAUCGCAGCAAUCCAGAAAAAGUUGUUGGAAGAUGAAAUUUUCAGAGAAGCGGUAUUAACUGAUAUGUCAGUGGAAUUGGCUUCUUUACAUAAGCAAAAAUUUGACUUGAGUAUGGUGAAGGUCUCUUCUAGUGAUGUUAGCUGUUCUCAUACUGGGAUGGCGGUUGACCCACAGCUAACUGCUGUGUAUACUGAAAAUUCCAUCUCAAAUUUGGACGAACAGCGUGCCAUGGUGUUCAAUGAACCACAUGUUGAAAGAGAGAUUGGAAUAGAAGGAAGCAAUGAACGGUAUGUAGCUAGAGAUGAUAGCAUAUUAGGAGCUGUUGAGGCUACUGUUCCAACUGAGAACAGGGAUGUUGAUGAGCAUGGCCAAUGUUUAAAUAGUGAUGCCUCUCAACUGCGGCCGGACGCCAUCACUGAUGCUGCGGUGCCCAAUGACUUUAAUCUUGAACCUUCAGACAAUGCAGCAGAAGUAGGACCACAUGGAACUUGCCUUUCAGGUUCUCAGGCAGCUGAAGCAACAGAUAUCGCCUCUGCUGCUGAAGAAUUAUUGUCAUGUCAUAAUAACGGUGGGUUAGGUGGCGAUGGUGAUGUAGUAGCAGGUCUACCUCUGGCCGAUUCGUUUAAUGAGUCUGGAAAGGAAGAUGCUUUUAUUUUAGCGGAAGUAUCUUGUGGACCACCUAAUCAUACACUGGCUGCUCAAGUUGAUAAGGCUCUGGAAAAUUUGAACGAUGAAAACCUAGUGGAUGGUAGUGAGUGGCCAGAAAACAGCUGCUUUACUUCUGAAGCUGGAACUGGAACUGAAAAUAUGAUAGGUGAUGCAGUUUUACUGGAGGCUGCCCAAGACAGUGCUACAGUUAAAGAUGCAACUGAUGUAGAAAAUAUUGUAGCAGAGAAUGACAACCAGAGCUUUGCUGAUAAUGUUAUAGGAACUGACCCACCUAACAGGGAUAUUGUAUAUGAAGAAAUGGAUUAUAUGCUGGAUCACUCCAUAGGAGCUGGACAAUAUCCAUGUAAAGAAGAAGAUUUCUCCUACAAUACGGUGGCUGCAGAUUUCUCUGAUGCCAGUCGGGGGGACCUUAAUGAUCUGGAUUAUUCAGCUGCUGGAGAUGAUACAGGGUUUUUGAACUUCGAUGAUGAUGAUGAAGAAGCUGAAGCAGCUGAUGAUUAUGUAUCUGAUGCUGAUGUCACCCGUAUCACCGAGAACAGUGGAUGGUCUUCUCGUACUAGGGCUGUUUCCAAGUACCUCCAAACCUUGUUUAUUAAGGAAUCUGAGCGUGGGAGAAAAUCUCUCUCCAUGGACGGUCUUUUAGUUGGUAAAACACGAAAGGAGGCAUCAAGGAUGUUUUUUGAAACUUUGGUUCUUAAAACAAGAGAUUACAUCCAUGUAGAGCAGGUGAUACCCUUUGACGAUGUCGCGAUAACGCCACGAAUGCAGCUUAUGAAAUCAGACUUUUGAAUCUGAUACGUUUGGUAGGGUAUAACAAGAAAAGUCAGUCAACAGAUAUAUGUAUUUCUAGUAGUUAGUCAAUUGGGUCUGUUUGCGGUCUACUCUUGCUAGAAUUCAUUCCUUAAAGUCAUGUUUUGAUGGUCAAUGUAGUUAGGUUUUUACUUGGCUGGCAGAGUAGAUCAUUUGACACGGGUGUUUGUUGCACUCUGUACAAUUAUAGAUCUUAUUUAUAUGUAAAUAUCCUGUAUAAUAUUUGGCCACGGUUCUGUUCUAAUGCCCUAUCCUUAUUUAUCCUAAUAAAGAAAAAAAUAUCUGCUUUUAUGUUUA